AUGAUGAUGAUGACGAACUCUUCACAGGUCUCAUAUUUCACACUUGCUGCUUAUUUUGAGACUGGAAAUUUUAAAUACUUAUUUUUCAUGAUUGUCCUGUUUUUAUAUAUUUUUAUAGUCAGCAUAAACAUUUUGCUGAUUGUGGUCAUCUGUGUGAACAGAAGCUUACAUGAGCCUAUGUACCUGUUUCUGUGCAGCCUGUUUGUAAAUGAACUAUAUGGUAGCACAGGGCUGUUUCCAUUCCUCCUGGUUCAGAUUCUCUCUGACGUUCACACUGUUUCUGCUUCGUUUUGUUUCCUGCAGAUUUAUUCUGUUCACACAUAUGGAGCUGUAGAAUAUCUAAACUUAUCCAUCAUGUCUUACGACAGAUACCUGGCUAUCUGUUAUCCUUUACAGUAUAACACACGUAUGACGUCUAAGAAGAUCGGCAUCCUUAUUGCUGUAGCAUGGUUAUAUCCUAUGCUCGCAUGUAUUGUUGUAAUAUACUUGAAUUCCGUUUCUCAGCUGUGUGGGAACAACAUAUACAAAGUGUACUGUGACGGCCACUCUAUUGUGAAGCUUGCAUGCUCAGAUACCCGUGUAGUUAACAUAUAUGGGCUGCUUGUAUCUUUUGGCACAAUCUCUGGCACUUUAAUAUUUAUCAUGUUCACUUACAUGAGGAUCCUUAAAGUGUGUUUCUCAGGCUCCAAACAGACCAGACAGAAAGCUGUCAGUACCUGCACACCUCACCUUGCUUCCCUGCUCAACUUUUCUCUCGGGGCUAGCUUUGAAUUAAUACAGAGCAGGUUCAACAUGAGCAGUUUGCCCAAUAUGUUACGAAUAUUUUUAUCAUUGUACUGGCUCACAUGCCAGCUGCUCCUCAACCCUGUGAUGUACGGACUGAACAUGUCCAAAAUCCGUCUCGUAGGUAAAAGUCUGAUGUCAAAUGUAGGCGAUUAA